UCACCCAUGGCACCUCAACUUUGGGGGUGCGGGCGCUAAACCCCCCGAAGUAAAAAAACGGGCAGUAAACUCCCUGAACUUUGAGGCGGCGCUCACAAAACCCCCUAAGACCAAAUAUCGCCGUUUUUUUCGUUUUCUGUCGACGUGGCAUCCAAUUUCUCGUCCGGACACCAAAUGGCGGCGCCUGUCCCCCCUGCAUGCAUGUCUGACACCUGCUGCUUGUGUAAGAAUGCGUCAGUUGACUUUUUAUUAAAAAAAAAAAAAAAAAAAAUGAAAAGUAACCGCGGUAAUUUAUUUUUUUCUCUCUCCUACUUUUCCUUUUCCCCACUCGCUCCCCUCACUUCCGUUUCACUAUUUUCGUUUCAAAUAUUUUCGCCACGCUUCGUCUUCUCCCCCUCACUGCCGCUUUUUCGUUUCUUCGCUGACACUGACCUAGGGUUAGUUCCUUUCCCAUUUUUCUCUCAAUCUUUCUCAUUUUUCUCGCAUUCUUCCCCACUCUUCCUCCAUUGUUCAACAUUGUCUUUCAUUUACCGAAGUGUUUUUAAAUUUUUGUCUUGUCUGUCUCUGUUAAUUUUCAGAAAAUGGGAUCCAAAAAAACGACGAAAUUGGGAAAAGAAGAAAGAGAAGGGAAGAAACGAAAAGCUACUAGUGAAGAACGUUUUUUUGAGGUCUUUGAAAUUAUUCUUAACUACAAUGGAGACUUUGAAUGGUUUGGUAAUUUUAAUGAGGAUGUGGCUGUCAGAAAAUUUCAUAUUGAGGAUAUAGGAUUAAAUAGUCUAGAUAAGUGGUUACUUGAAUUGAAGGUUCAGGGAUUGCUAAUGUAUUAUUGGAGGCGGGCUGGCAUGUAUACUGAAGAAUUAAUUCCUAUGGAAAACGAUGACCAUGUCAUGGACAUGGCACUGGCUGGGGCACAAGAGACCCACCGUGGGUCUGCUCUUUGCAGUAGAAGAGAUGGAGGUAGUUUAUGUAGCCUUGAGAGACACAUGGAUCGUGGGUCUUUAGAAAUUUCAGCAGAAUUGAAAUGGGUAAUGAAGAAAACAGAUGUAACUAAAAGAAAUGAGAAAUUCAAGAAAAGGGUAUAUUUCUUUUGCUUAGAUGCAGAGACCAUGAAGCCCAUUAAAAGUGGAAAAAGAACAAGAAAAAAUCUCUGUAAAAUACGAAUCAAGAACUGGGUUGAUGGUGUUUAA